UCCACAUUCACUCAUUCACUCGCACCAUCUCUCUCUCUACUUGUGUGUGCUGUUUCUUUGAUCUUCUUCUUCAAUGGCGCUGAUGCUGGACAACUGCGAAGGCAUAAUACUCUCUCUGGACUCACACAAAUCACUACCGGCUCCAUUCCUCACCAAGACAUACCAACUCGUAGACGAUCCGACCACCGACCACAUAGUCUCUUGGGGCGAAGACGACACCACCUUUGUCGUUUGGCGUCCACCCGAGUUCGCUCGCGAUCUCCUCCCCAACUACUUCAAGCACAACAACUUCUCCAGCUUCGUCCGUCAACUCAACACCUACGGUUUUAGAAAGAUUGUGCCGGACAGAUGGGAGUUCGCCAACGAAUUCUUCAAGAAAGGAGAGAAGCAUUUGCUUUGCGACAUCCAUCGAAGAAAAACCGCUCACCCACAAGUCUCCAUCAACCACCACCACCAACAACCGAGUUUCUUCCCCUUUCAAACCCGAGUCAGUAUUUCUCCAUCUGACUCCGACGAGCAGGCAAACUGGUGUGACUCGCCGCCUACCAUCAAUAACGUUUCAGUCGUCGUAGGUCCUGCCACCUAUAACAACAACAACUCAGUCACGGUCACGGCCUUAUCGGAGGACAAUCAGAGACUGAGGAGGAGCAACGAUAUGUUAAUUUCUGAACUUGCCCACAUGAGAAAGCUUUACAAUGAUAUCAUCUAUUUUGUUCAGAACCAUGUGAAGCCUGUCACUCCUAGUAACACUUACCCUUCUCCUUCAUUGAUUCAAAAGCCUUUGAACCAGAAUAAUAUUCGUGGUUAUUGUCCCACUAAACAAUUUCCUCAGUACUACUCACAGCACCCUCACCAUCAUCAUCAAGUGGUGAAUAGUUCUCCCACUACUCCCAAGAGCUCAUUGACCAUUGUUGAAGAAGCCAAAGCCAACAACAAAAUGAAGCUGUUUGGGGUGUCACUGCAAUCCAGAAAGAGGUUGCACCCGGAGUAUGCUACUACUGGUCCAGGAAGUAUGGAGACUAACAAGGCUAAUUGUCUGGUGUUGGAGAAGGAUGAUCUAGGGUUGAAUCUGAUGCCUCCCUCAGCAUGCUAGUUUGAUUGAUGAUCUUUUUCUUUCUUUCUUUUUAAAAAUAUAUAUUCCUUUUUGGGUCAUAUUUAUGAUGAUCAUAGUGCUUGAGAACUUGCGUGUGUGAGUGUUUUUGACAAUUUUGUGCAUAACUCUUCUUUUAAUUAGCCAUGAAUGCAGGUGGGCUUUUGUUAGAAUGAGGAUUUAUCAAACUUUGUUGCAAUUUUUAUUUAUCAUUUUUUAUUUCAGAUCUGUCGCUAUAUAUAUAUGUGUGUAUAUAUUCCUCUUUUUGUUUCUCUUGUUCUGCUGCUUUUGCUGUUGUUCAGUAGUAUAUGAGUCAGUUUUUGGUCAAUGCUAUAGCUAGACCUGGCUAGCCAAAGACGUACUUUAGUUAGAUGGGAGGUUUCCUUUUAGUUAUAUUUCGAGAGAAAAAAGCU